AUGACUUCCAUCUUCCGCAUCGUCCUCCGGGACGCAAAGCGCUACGACACGUACGAGACUCGUGAGUUUGACCUGCCGCUCAACUCGGAGUUUCCCAUUGGUCGCGCCUCCAGCAAUCUCUCCAAGAGGGGUCUCAUGGCUGCACCUCACAACGCUUUCAUCGACAGCCCUGUCAUCUCUCGUCAACACGCCGUCCUCUCAGCCAACUCCGCCAGCGGUGUCCCGGAAGUGUACAUUACCGACAAGGGCUCGAUGCACGGCACCACCCUGAACAGUCAGAGGCUGCCUGCCAACACGCCCACCAAGUUGAAUCAUGGAGAUGUACUGCAGUUCGGCACCGACGUUAACCGCAACGAGGGUACGUCCCCUCGUACGCCCUCUACACUACCCCUUAUCCAAGCUCCUGAGCUGACCCAACCCCGCACAGAGUUCUUUGUAGCCCGCACCUACACCUUCGAGUCUCAACUAUCCCGCCCCUUCUCUCUCGGCUUCACCGUCCCAGACCCUGAAAGCGACGAAGAGGAAGUGGUCGGGCGCCGAGGCAGCCAGAUCGAUCCAUUCGUCAUCGACGACUCCGACGGGGCUGACGACCAGUCCGACCAAGGCGACCACGAGGAUGUCACUAUGAUGAUGGAACAAGUUCUGCAUCAAGACGAGCCUGUCCACGCUUUCAGUCCCGCUCAGGAAGAGCACCCAGAGUCAGCCAUGCGUACCACCCUUGUCAACGAAGACUACGAUGAGGAGGACAAAGAAGAUGCGCGUCUUAUUGUCGACUUCACUUCGCGCCGCGAUGAUUCGCUUGUGCCUGCCAGCCCCAGUGCCUCCAUUGAUGGGGAAGAUGACGAUGCUAUCGGCACCGACUCCGACAGCGAGGCUGGGAGCAUUGGUAGCUCAGAGAUCAUGUCCGACUCUGAGCCAGAGAUCCAGGAUUCCGAGGACGAGGAGUUCGACGAGACUGACCAUAACAAGCCCACCACAUCUUCAUCCAACAAAGAAAACCAGUCGUCCGCUAGUAACACGGUACUUCCCUCGGUCCAGUGUUCCAUGCAAAACCCGUCUACUCUUUCACUCCGGGAUGUCUACAUGCUAGACGAUGUAGCCAAUAGUCAAGCCUCGUUGCCUCGUAUCCACAUGUUUGGUAUGCAGGGUUCUGACAACAACCCAAUGUCGAGCAGCAACGUGUAUGCGGAGAGCGCACCUCCACCUCUGCCGCCACGUCCCUCGGCGUCUAGGGUAGCACCUUGGUGCAACCCAACCUACCCCUCGUUUGCGUCGCAAAACGAUAUCCAGGACUGGUACUCCGACGACAUGUCGCAGCAGAACUAUCUGGGCACAAACUUUGGUGAUCGACCUUCCUUGUUUAGCCCGGCACCUCCUCCUCCAGCACAAGAGUCCGUUGACGCUCGUGCUCCCAUGUAUCACUUCGGCAACCGUCCUAGCCAGUCCUUCUCAGCCAACCGGCUUCAGACACCUCCGCCAAUGCCCGCGUCAGACGUCGAGACCUCCACACCGCUACAGCCAGGUCGUCGGACCAAGGUCUCUAUUGAAGAGAUAGUUGAGGAGCAGCCACCUACGCCCGAAUCUGUGAACAACAUGAAGCGCAAGGCUGACGUACUCGAGGCAGAGGAGCCAGCAGCAGCAAUGAAUGAAACACAACAAGUCGUCAUUGGUGCUGAGAAUGCAACCUCAGAAUCGGUAGUUGCUGUUCCGACCUCCGAUGCUGCUGCCAUCCAGACGGCUGCAAUCAUUGCCCAGCGUCCUAAGAAGACUCCUCGCUCUAUUCUCAGCAAGGUGCUCGAUAAGGCUACCUACCCUUUGCUGGGCGCCACUGGUGCAGUCGUUUCCUUUGCUCUUCUUUCAACUCUUCCUGAUACCUUCUUUGCUUGA